UUGAAUAUGAACGAACAUCCUUAUGUCGACCAGUAACCCCGUCCGGGCUGUCCGGCACACCUAUAACGUCUGCAAUAGCUGUCGCCAGCGUCCACAUCCCCGCUGUGUGUCCCAAGCUCCCUUCACGGCCCAGCCGAGGAGAUGGAUCUCCAGGAACCAUGUUCGGAAAAUACAAGACGCGGAGGAAGAAUGGCGCAUAAGGGCGAAAGAUAUCGAGUCUGGCAGAAUGCAGUCGUUGCUCACAACACUUGAAGAGAGGGGAUACAUCAAUCAGAUUGUUGGGUACGAGCUAUACGCAGCCGAACAUUUUGCACGCGAUCGCCUGACUCUUCUUGAACAGGUCAAAGGAGGAUCUGAACAAGUUGAUGAUCCAUCGAAGGGUUGGAGUGUACGCUGGAAUAGACCCUACAGCGCCAUCAAUGCAUGUAGGGCAUAUGGUCCCUUUCAUGGUGCUGGCGUGGUUCUAUGUCCAUGGUUAUGAUACGCACUUUGUGCUCGGAGGCUUCACCGCUUCAAUAGGUGACCCUACCGGACGCACGACGGGUCGAGAGAUACAAUCUGCACCUACGCGGAGAGCGAACAUUGCGUCCAUGCAUGCUCAACUUAAAAGGCUAGGAGCCUCGAUAGAGAGAUAUGCGCAACGCCGAGGCUUUCAAAAGGAGUGGGCAUGGCGAAGAGCGCUGGAGAACAAUUCAACUUGGUGGAACGCUACGUCUGCAAGAGACUAUCUCUCAAUACUUGGACGCCAAAUACGUAUCGGACCUCUGCUGGGCAGAGACACAGUCAAGACACGACUAGAAAGAGGAGACGGGAUGUCCUAUGCCGAGUUCAGUUACCCGCUCGUUCAAGCUUGGGACUGGUGGCAUCUGUUCCAGAAGGGUGUGCAAAUACAAGUCGGUGGCGGCGACCAAUUCGGGAAUAUUCUGGCGGGAGCUGAAGCCGUCAAGCAACUCGCAAAAGAUUCGCAUGAAUACCAAACUGCGCUGCGGCAGACGACCAUCAUCGACAAAAAGUAUUACAUUGACGUGACUUCUGAUCCUCUUGGAAUCACCGUUCCCCUCUUGACGACUGCCUCGGGCGAGAAGUUUGGUAAGAGCGCCGGAAACGCCGUGUGGCUCGAACCGCGAAUGACGCCUAUUUUCGAUCUCUACCAGUUUUUCUUACGCUCUGCCGACGCCGAUGUCGAAAAAUAUCUCAAGUUAUUCACCUUUCUGUCUCUACCGGAGAUUGCGGAGAUCAUUGAAGCACACGAGAAAGACCCCUCUCAACGCAUCGCGCAGCAUAAGCUUGCCCGGGAAUUUGUGGAACUGAUCUACGGCGUGGAUGCAGCCGCACAGGCGGAACAGGAGCAUCGACAAUUGUUCAAGAAGACACUCUCCAUCAGCGACAUCACAUCGAGUGUGUCAGAAGCCAAGGCCACGGAGCCUGCUAAGCCGACUCAGAGUCCAACCGCGAAUUUCACGCACCCGUCUCUGAACAAGCAUGCUCCGCCGCAGCGGCUGGAGGACAAUAUGUCGACGCACGUCAAGUUGCCUCGCAGUCUUGUGCUUGGAAAGCCGUUGGGUCAGAUCAUGUUCGCGGCGGGAAUGGUCUCGAGUAAAGCAGAGGGCCACCGCUUGAUUCGGGCUGGUGGUGCUUAUGUUGGAAACAGCCGGGGCGCUGUUGAUAGUCUGACGUAUACCUCGGCGAGAACGAACACGCCGGAGGAAGCGGCGGAGUAUAUCAUCGAUGAGAAGCUGCUUGUACUGCGGGUGGGCAAGUGGAGGAUGAAGAUUGUGGAGAUCGUCUCGGACGAAGAGUACGAGCAGGCCGGGUUGACGUGUCCUGCUUGGGAGUUGAAGAAGGCUGAAGAAGCGGAGAAAGAGGAGGCUGAAAAUAGAGAUCCUGCUGUUGCUGAGAACAGAAGAUAUUAGCUGUACAAUAUGCGAGUGGCUCUGGCGGCCAAUGUAGAAUAUUCUGAG